AUAAGUUUGACAUUUCUGGAUGAUCGAUCUCACAGAUGAGAUUUUAUAAACACAAAAAUGAGGUAUCGUCCUCUGUAAGAAUUUUUGUGAAUUCAAAGUCGGAAUUUUAUGAAUAAAUUUUUCACUUUCGGCUCAGGCCACGUAAAUGAUAAUUCUGUGAAAUUCGAAUGUACCAAAUUCAGUUACACGUAAAUGAGAAUUUUGUUUCUACAGUUAAAUACAAUCUACAGAGAUGCUCACAAGUUGUAGCAUGUAAAAAAAAAUUAUUCAUAAUCGAACCAUGCAGCGUCCACCAACUUUGAUUUAUCGUAUAGCUAUUUUUGAUUUAAUUAAUUAAGCAAUGGUAAUCAUCCAGAUGAACUUCAAUUAAUAGCUCAGCGGAUUAUCAUAAUCUUUAGAAUCCCAUGUAAAAAUUUAUAGUUAAAUUAACAAGUUGCGGGAAAACGAAGUAAAGGAUUCGAAGUUCGACGAGCAAAUGGCUCCGUUGCGCUUGCGCUCAGUAUUUGCAGCCAAUCAACCUGUACAUGCCUGCAGCCGUUGAUAAGUAUACGUACUCAAAGUUUAAAAUGUGCAUCGAACUUGUUCAAAUGAAUUGAAAUUAAAUGGGUUAAAAUAUAUUUCAUGGACAAAUUGAAUUUCUAUUUAUCGUACGAAAUCACAGAACGAUGAGAUACGCACAAUUGGUGAUGGGACCGGCAGGUUGUGGAAAGUCCACCUACUGUUCAACCAUGGUUCAACAUGCAGUUGAUGAAAAAAAGGUCAUAGAGAUCGUCAAUUUAGAUCCAGCAGCUGAAUACUUCGACUAUGAACCCCUUGUAGAUAUACGGGAAUUGAUUCACUUAGAUGAUGCUAUGGAGGACAAGGAAUUGAAAUUUGGUCCUAAUGGAGGUCUCGUAUUUUGCAUGGAAUACCUACUAGAGAAUUCUAAAUGGCUGGAAGAGCAACUAGGCGAUGUUGACGAAGACUACAUAAUUUUCGACUGUCCUGGACAAAUUGAAUUGUACACACACAUGACAGUCAUACGUCAGCUUGUUGAGAUGCUACAGAAUAUAAAUUUUAGAAUAUGCAGUGUAUUUUUGCUUGACAGUCAAUUUAUGGUUGAUGGAUCCAAGUUCUUGUCUGGUACUAUGGCAGCUCUGAGUGUUAUGAUCAAUUUGGAACUGCCUCAUGUUAAUAUCCUAAGUAAAAUGGAUUUAUUAUCCAAAGGGGCAAGAAAACAAUUAGACACCUACUUAGAACCAGAUCCCCAUAGUUUGCUUGCAGAUAUGGAAAAGGGACAUUGGAACAAAAAAUAUAGAAAACUUACUGAAGCUCUUGGGAGAUUAAUCGAAGAUUACAGCUUAGUUAGAUUUUAUCCCUUAAAUAUUAAAGAUGAGGAGAAUAUAGCUGAUAUCAAAUUAACGAUAGACAAUAUUAUACAGUAUGGAGAGGAAGCUGAUGUCAAAAUGAGAGACUUUGAUGAACCUGACCCUGAUGACAAGGAUUGAUAUAAGAUUUCUGUAUGUAAAUAUCAUCUUUUUUGAAGUAUCAAUAAAACAAUUUUCGUUA